AUGCCAAUGGAGAGCCAUGACUUGCAUAAGCGGGAGAUAAAUGCCUUUGACGUGCUAUUUGACCAUACAAAAUUCCCUCCGUUCCAUCAUUUUGUUGGCAGAGAUUGGGAGCUUGCAGAGAUCCGAAAGCACCUCCAUGCCGUCAAUCGGAUUGUGAUAUUACAGGGUAUUUCCGGGAUUGGCAAAUCGCAAAUUGCUCUAGCGAAGUCCAGGGCCGUAGAUCGUACGACUGUGACACCCGAGGAUGAAUAUGGGGCAAUAUUCUGGUUAGAUGCAUCCAGUGAGAGAAGACUGAUGUCGAGCUUCCUUGGAAUAGCAUCUCGCCUUUGUGAUAACCACCAUUCAUUCAAUCAUUUGCAAGAAAUAGUUGAAGAAGGAAACGCGGCCGCAGCCGUAGACGCAGUCAAGCGCUGGCUGAGCUUGAAUAUGAAUGAUCGAUGGCUAUUAGUAUAUGAUGGCUACAACAUACAAGAGGAUGCAUUUGGCCUACAACCUAGGACUUUUGAUCUCCAGGCCUUUCUACCUCAAGUUCUACAAGGGGAUAUUAUUGUUACAACUAAUAAUCCCGACGUGGAGCUGACAGGGCAGUCAAUACGCGUACAAAGGCUCACUGACGUCCACCAAUGUGUUAAAAUUCUCUCUCUGAUAUCCCAGAGACCCACCGCGAUGGAAGACCCCGAAGCCUAUAAAUUGGCUGAUGAGUUGGGCGGAAUGCCCUGUGCACUUGAUAGUGCAGGGAGGUACCUUUCGUCUAACGAAAGCUCAAUCAGUUAUAGCGACUACCUCAAGUUGUACCGAGAAAAAUGGCAACAGAGUCAAACCUUCAUUGGGGCACCAAAAAGACCGGCUUUUAUUACAUGGGAGAUUGCUCUGACUCAAAUUCGUCAAGAAAACGAGGAGGCAUUUGAACUUGCCAUCUCUUGGGUAUUUUUUGACCAUCAAGAUCUUUGGCGAGAGCUCCUUCUGCCUGUCUCUGAAUUUGGAGACUCCACCGGCGUCACCGGACUUGAGGAUGUGCAUUCGUUCAAUGAAGGGAUGCGCACUCUUUGCAGACCUGAGUAA